UUACAUCAAAUAUAUGUGGGAUGAAGGCAGCUGUACAUACCUGUGAGAUGAAUGAGAUGAACCACGUUUUCCGGUCUAUACCGUUUCUCUACUUUGUGGUUUAUGUUUUUCCCGCCAAACACGAUGCUAGCAGCUGAAAUUUCGCUCCAAGUUCCAAGCAGCUGAGCAUCCCACAGUUGCGUGGGCAUAAAUUAAUUUUAAUACAGAUAUUUAAAUAAAUUAUAAACUCGAUUAAAUUAGUAUAAAUAUGGAUUUAGGUGAUGUACCUGCUCGUCAAGCUAAAGUUCGAGAUGAUGUGGGUAUUCAAUGUCAAAAGAUCUUCCAAGACUUUCUCACAGAGUUCAAAGAAGAUGGAGAGAUUAAAUAUCUUGAACCUGCUAAAGAUUUACUUAGUACGGAAAGGAGUACUUUGGAAGUAUCUUUUGAAGAUGUAGAAAAGUAUAACCAGAAUCUUUCUACAACUAUAAUAGAAGAGUAUUACAGAGUUCGCCCUUAUUUGUGUCAAGCUGUUAGUAAUUAUGUUAAGGAUCAUGGAAAUUUGACAAAAGAGAAAGAAUGUUUUGUAAGUUUUGUUGAUGUACCAACGAGACAUAAAUUAAGGGAGUUAACUACAUCGAAAAUUGGAACCUUGAUCAGAAUCUCAGGCCAAGUAGUACGCACUCACCCUGUACAUCCAGAAUUGAAUCUUGGAACAUUUUUAUGCCUUGAUUGCAAUACACUCAUCAAAAAUGUUGAACAGCAAUUUAAAUUUACCAACCCAACUAUUUGCAUAAAUCCUGUGUGUGCCAAUAGAAGGAGAUUUCUAUUAGAUAUGGAUAAAUCAGUCUUUAUAGAUUUUCAGAAAGUUCGAAUUCAAGAAACUCAAGAAGAGUUACCACGUGGCUGUAUACCAAGAUCACUUGAGAUUAUUUUGAGAGCAGAAGCUGUUGAAACUGUUCAAGCAGGUGAUAGGUAUGAUUUUACUGGAACUUUGAUAGUAGUACCUGAUGUUGGAGUGUUGUCAAUGCCAGGGGCCAAAGCAGAAUUAGGUUCAAGGCAUAAACAAGGAGAGCAAGGAGAAGGUAUCAAAGGAUUGCGUGCUCUUGGAGUGCGAGAUCUUAAUUACAGAAUGGCUUUUUUUGCGUGCAGUGUUACUCAAACAAGUCAAAGAUUUGGAGGAACCGAACUAGGAUUUGAUGAACUUUCUCAGGAAACUAUGAAGAAGCAAAUGCCUACUGAUGAAUGGAAUAAAAUUUAUGAAAUGAGCAGAGACAAAUAUUUAUAUCAAAAUUUAGUUUCAAGUUUAUUUCCGUCUAUACAUGGCAACGAUGAAGUCAAAAAGGGAGUUGUACUUAUGCUGUUUGGUGGAGUAGCUAAAAGUACAACUGAAGGAACAGCAUUGAGGGGAGACAUAAACAUUUGUAUUGUGGGUGAUCCUAGUACAGCAAAGUCUCAAGUUCUCCGACAAGUAGCUGAAAUAUCUCCUAGAGCUGUGUAUACCUCUGGAAAAGCAUCAAGUGCUGCUGGUUUGACUGCUGCUGUAGUCAGAGAUGAUGAGUCUGGAGAUUUCGUUAUCGAGGCUGGUGCUCUGAUGUUAGCUGAUAACGGCAUUUGUUGCAUAGACGAGUUUGAUAAAAUGGAUCCAAAAGAUCAAGUUGCUAUUCACGAAGCCAUGGAGCAGCAGACCAUUUCAAUUGCUAAGGCUGGGGUGAGAGCUACUCUCAACGCCCGUACGUCGAUCCUUGCAGCAGCAAAUCCAAUAAAUGGACGUUAUGAUCGGUCAAAGUCAUUGCAGCAAAAUGUGCUAUUAACGGCUCCAAUUAUGUCAAGAUUUGAUCUCUUUUUCAUAUUGGUCGACGAAAGUAACGAAAUUAUUGACAAUGCCAUCGCCAAAAAAAUCGUUGAUUUGCACAGCAACAAUUCAGCCACGAUCGAAACAGUUUACACUCAAGCCGAAAUUUUACGAUACAUCAAUUUCGCCAAACAUUUUAAACCUAUGAUCAACGCUAGCGCUGGAGAGCUUCUCAUAAAAACUUAUACUGAUUUACGACAAAGGGAAGGCAUGGGAGGGCGCAAAUCAACUUGGAGAGUAACAGUUAGGCAGCUGGAAAGUUUGAUUCGUUUAUCAGAGGCUUAUGCGAAAUUGCAGUGUCUAGACGAAGUGACGGAAACGCAUGUGAACGAAGCUCGUCGUUUAUUAAGCAAAAGUAUUGUUCGAGUUGAACAGCCUGAUAUAGAUCUCGAUGAAGGCAAUAACGAUGAAGACAGAAUGGAUGUUGAUAACCUGGCAGUUAAUGGAAUUGACAAUCAGACUUCAAAUGAUCAUGUCGAUAACGACGGUGACUCAAGCCAAACAACUCAGCCAAAGAAAAAACUUACCAUGUCUUAUGAAGAGUAUAGAAGCCUCACAAAUAUGCUGGUGUUGUACAUGAGAGAUGAAGAAUCGCGAAUUGAAAAAGAAGAUAGAACUGAAGAAGGCGUUCGAAAGGAGGAAAUUAUUGCUUGGUAUUUGGAUAAAGUACAGGAUCAAAUCGAUACAGAAGAAGAAUUGUUAGAGAGAAAAGGUUUGAUCGAUAAAAUAAUUGAUAGACUGACGUACAAUGAUAAGAUUCUGAUUCCACUAACAUCAGAUAAACAGGAUGAGAAUCCUAUACUUAUUGUACAUCCUAACUACAUUAUUGACAUUUAAAAUUUAAUUUGAGCUUGUAAUGCUAGAUUGUAUCGGUUGUAACAUAAGCCGACGAAAAGCUUGUAGUUCAUAUUUUUACAUUUUUAUAACUGUAAUUUAAGGUGGCUUCACCAAAUUUUGUCUUCUGACAAAAUUGAACAAAACUUUUUAUAUGGAUUGUAUUUUGCACAAGUUUUCGAAUUCUGUAAAAAUAAAUGGAGGUUAUUGAUCUAAAUAAGGAGAAAUAAAUUGUCAAAUUUGAGUCAUUAUAUAUUGCUGACGUAGGUGGGUAGGAUUGCGUGUUUACAUUUCCUGUAAUAAUUUUAAUAAUAAAUGACAGAUUCUUUCCAAAAACCACAAUGUUGUUCAAUACAAGUAUUAAAUUAAUAUUUGAAAAGAAAAGUACUGGUCAUCGAACUAAUAAAAAAGAUGUUGAAGACAAACAUAACAAAUUAUUGCAUUUUAGAGACAAAGUCAUAAAAAUAGCGACAUGAAAAAAAUUUUUUUUCGAUAAAUUUCCACUAUUAAGUAUGAAUUCGUUUAUGAACGAGCGAUCAAAUAUAAAACUAUUUUGAAUAAGUGUUUGUUGGAAAGAUGUCAAUUUUAUGAAAUCCUCGACGGUGGCCCGAUGUGAUACAGCCUGGCCUGGUGGAGUUAUCUUAAAACUAUCUUUUAGUGUUAAAUCGUAAAUAUCACAUUAUUUUGAGCAAAAAUCUACACUAUGCAGACAAACUUAAUUCAU